AUGCGUUUAUUUAAUUCUUUAGUGAGCGCCUAUCAAACAAUUGAAAACGAUUGGGAUUUAAGCCAAACGAGGAUUGGACCAGUAUGUGGUAGAGCGCACGGUGCAAGAUGUGCCAUCGGUUCUCAACUCAAGCGCUUACUCUACCCGUGUCUGUUCACUUUCGUCAUCUGCCUUCUCUUCAUUCUUCAGAAUUCUUCAUCCACUGUUCAAAAAACUAAAGAAGAAUCGACCACUAUUGCUGCAACUAUUGAAAAUACGCCAGAAGAACAACUACUGACUUCAACGAAAGCAGCGUUGGAUAACAAUAGUGUCCCGUUGAUCAUUGUCAUCACACCCACUUACAAGAGGAUCACUCGAUUAGCUGAUAUCACAAGGUUAGCGAACACGCUUCGACAAGUGCCACAUUUGCAUUGGAUAGUUGUUGAAGAUGGGGAAACAAAAUCAGAUUUGGUGGAAGCUGUACUGAAACGCUCGAAGAUCCCGUAUACUUAUUUGGUUGAGAAGUUCAAAAUGCCUAGAACAAAAGGAUGGUCGCAAAGAGAUAAGGCGCUCGGUUACCUACGGAAACAAUCACAAGAUAUUAUCGCUGAUGGUCGAAAAGCCGUUGUGUAUUUUGGUGAUGACGAUAAUUCCUAUGAUUUACGAUUGUUUGACGACUACAUACGAAAAGUGAAGAAAAUUGGCAUCUGGGGAGUCGGAACUGUUGCCGAUUCUUACAUUGAAUCACCAAAAGUCGAGAAUGGAAAGGUAAUUGGAUGGAAUGUUUUAUAUGCGCCAAAACGAAAAUUCGCCACCGAUAUGGCCGGUUUUGCGAUAGAUCUCAAUUUUUUGAAAAAUUCCAAAAUCACUUUUUCAAACUGCGAAAGGGGGCGAAUUCCAGAGGGAUGCUUUCUACAUGGAUUUGGUCUCACACUUGACGAUUUGGAGCCAUUUGGAUUUGACAAGAAAAAUCCCGAUUUGUUGGUGUGGCACACAAGAACAAGACUCUUCGUAAACAAAAAUCAAGAUACAUACGGAUAUAACGUUGAGAAAAUCGAA